UGGCCCAGUCGGUUUUAGGGUUAGGCUGUGAUUUAACUGGGGUUUGAGGGACUCCCAGAGGCUGUCCUGGGGGCGGGCCCUCAGGGUGUGACUUGAGUUUCCUGGCCUACCGUGAGGCUGAGGGCCAGGCAGGGUGGGCGAGAAGAUGUGGUCUGUAAUGUGGAACCUGGUCGCCCCAGCCCUGGAAAGGGGGACCCUGCCUGCACCUUCCUGGUCUGGGAGGGCCUAGUGGCGGCCUGGGUGCGGUGGGCAGGCGGCCAGGGGAGCCUGUGGAGGGAACCGCCUGGCCUCUGUUCAGCGGGUGCUGAGUCACGGCUUUGGUUGGGGGGCAGCCACACCCUCCUCCCCAUCCUCCGAGCUGCUGAGGAAAUUCUGGGCUGAGCGCAGCAGAAGAGGCGUAGGUCCCUGGGGCGGAGGAGGGUAGAGCUGAGGGGCUCCCAGCAGCGGAAACUGCAGCUCUCGGGGCCUCUGCCAGUGCCCACCCUGUCCCCAUGAGCACGUCCGUGAGCUGCGGGGUGCAGCCACCCCCCCUUGCUGGCUCUCCAGGGACACGGGUGCCCCAAGCCCAAGGGCGGCAGCUCUGGGUGCAGCUGUCUCUGUAUCCGGCCCUGCCCAGGGGUGGCUGCAACUUUUGGGGCAUGGUUCUCUCUGCUGUCUUCUCCUGGGUGGAUGGUUCCUUCUCUGUUCUGGGAUCCUCCAACUGAGGUAGAGAUCAGGGUCCAGGGACUGUGGGCUGGGUGCGUGGACAUCACAGUGAGGUUCCCUCCAUUGCCCCUGCUUCGGGAUUCAGAGUCCUUUUAGCCUCUUGGGAACAGGUGAGGGCUGCUCAGAGGGGACCUGGUGUCCUGCUGUGGUGACUGGGAUCAUUCAAGGUCCUUCCCCGGGGGGCGCCUGCGGCCCCAGCUCCUAACUGAGGACACGCCCCUGGAAACCACAGGCCCCUCCCCUGAGGCCCGGGACACGCGUCAGGCUAGCAAGGGAUGAGGGACCGUAGGCCCCGAUGGCCUCUGCUGCUGGACCCCUGCCCUAGACCUGUCCCUGGAGUCCUGGCCCCAGCCCAGGCCCUGUGGUGCCCAAUCCCCAGGAGGCCAGAUGGCCCGGGCGGCCAGUGAGCCGAUUGUGUGGCGUGCGGGGCUGCUGGGAUCCUGGCCCUGUUUCCCUUUUCCUGCUCCCGGAGGGGGUGGUCACGUGCCCGACCCAUCUGCCUCGGUCUUCCGGGGAUUCUCCCGCCGAGGCUGCUCUGGUGAUGUCAUGCCUUAACUCUUCUCUCCCCAGGCAGCCCUACUCGCAGGCUGUCCUGGUGGGAGUGGGCUCUGAGGAGGACAGCCCACCCGUCUUCCCAGCGGACUGUGCCGCUUGCGGCUGUGAGGGCAACCAUUGACGAGGUGGAGACGGACGUGGUGGAGAUUGAGGCCAAACUGGACAAGCUGGUGAAGCUGUGCAGUGGCAUGGUGGAAGCUGGUAAGGCCUACGUCAGCACCAGCAGGCUGUUCGUGAGCGGCGUCCGUGACCUGUCCCAGCAGUGCCAGGGCGACACUGUCAUCUCGGAAUGUUUGCAGAGGUUCGCUGACAGCCUACAGGAGGUGGUGAACUACCACAUGAUCCUGUUUGACCAGGCCCAGAGGUCCGUGCGGCAGCAGCUCCACAACUUUGUCAAAGAGGAUGUGCGGAAGUUCAAGGAGACAAAGAAGCAGUUUGACAAGGUGCGAGAGGACCUGGAGCUGUCUCUGGUGAGGAACGCCCAGGCCCCGAGGCACCGGCCCCACGAGGUGGAGGAAGCCACCGGGGCCCUCACCCUCACCAGGAAGUGCUUCCGCCACCUGGCACUGGACUACGUGCUCCAGAUCAAUGUCCUGCAGGCCAAGAAGAAGUUUGAGAUCCUGGACUCUAUGCUGUCCUUCAUGCAUGCCCAGUCCAGCUUCUUCCAGCAGGGCUACAGCCUCCUGCACCAGCUCGACCCCUACAUGAAAAAGCUGGCGGCCGAGCUGGACCAGCUGGUGAUCGACUCUGCGGUGGAAAAGCGUGAGAUGGAGCGAAAGCACGCAGCCAUCCAGCAGCGGACGCUGCUGCAGGACUUCUCCUACGAUGAGUCGAAAGUGGAGUUUGAUGUGGAUGCGCCCAGUGGGGUGGUGAUGGAGGGUUACCUCUUCAAGAGGGCCAGCAACGCUUUCAAGACGUGGAACCGGCGCUGGUUCUCCAUUCAGAACAGCCAGCUAGUCUACCAGAAGAAGCUCAAGGACGCCCUCACCGUGGUGGUGGAUGACCUCCGCCUGUGCUCUGUGAAGCCAUGUGAGGACAUCGAGCGGAGGUUCUGCUUCGAGGUGGUGUCACCCACCAAGAGCUGCAUGCUGCAGGCCGACUCCGAGAAGCUGCGGCAGGCCUGGGUCCAGGCUGUGCAGGCCAGCAUUGCCUCCGCCUACCGCGAGAGCCCCGACAGCUGCUAUAGUGAGAGGCUGGACCGCACAGCAUCCCCGUCCACGAGCAGCAUCGACUCUGCCACCGACCCUCGGGAGCGUGGCGUGAAGGGUGAGAGUGUGCUGCAGCGUGUGCAGAGCGUGGCCGGCAACAGCCAGUGCGGCGAUUGUGGCCAGUCGGACCCCCGCUGGGCCAGCAUCAACCUGGGCGUGCUGCUCUGCAUCGAGUGCUCUGGCAUCCACAGGAGCCUGGGUGUCCACUGCUCCAAAGUCCGGUCCCUGACGCUGGACUCGUGGGAGCCAGAGCUGCUAAAGCUGAUGUGUGAGCUUGGAAACAGAGCCGUGAAUCAGAUCUAUGAGGCCCAGUGUGAGGGUCCAGGCAGCAGGAAACCCACAGCCAGCAGCCCCCGGCAGGACAAGGAGGCCUGGAUCAAGGACAAAUAUGUGGAAAAGAAAUUUCUGCGGAAGACACCCAUGGCACCAGCCCUGGAGGCCCCAAGACGCUGGAGGGCGCAGAAGUGCCCACGGCCCCACAGCUCUCCCCGCGCCCCCACUGCCCGCCGCAAGGUCCGGCUUGAGCCUGUCCUGCCGUGUGUGGCUGCUCUGUCCUCAGUGGGCACCCUGGAUCGUAAGUUCCGCCGAGACUCCCUCUUCUGCCCCGACGAGCUGGACUCACUCUUUUCAUACUUCGACGCAGGGGCCGCGGGGGCUGGCCCUCGCAGUCUGAGUAGCGACAGUGGCCUUGGGGGCAGCUCGGAUGGCAGCUCGGACGUCCUGGCUUUCGGCUCAGGCUCUGUGGUGGACAGCGUCACUGAGGAGGAGGGUGCGGAGUCCGAGGAGUCCAGCGGUGAGGCAGACGGGGACGCUGAGGCCGAGGCCUGGGGCCUGGCAGACGUGCGUGAGCUGCACCCGGGGCUCCUGGCGCACCGCGCGGCGCGUGCCCGCGACCUUCCUGCGCUGGCGGCGGCGCUGGCCCACGGGGCCGAGGUCAACUGGGCGGACGCGGAGGAUGAGGGCAAGACGCCGCUGGUGCAGGCCGUGCUAGGGGGCUCCUUGAUCGUCUGUGAGUUCCUGCUGCAAAAUGGAGCGGACGUGAACCAAAGAGACAGCCGGGGCCGGGCGCCCCUGCACCACGCCACGCUGCUGGGCCGCACCGGCCAGGUUUGCCUGUUCCUGAAGCGGGGCGCGGACCAGCACGCCCUGGACCAAGAGCAGCGGGACCCGUUGGCCAUCGCAGUGCAGGCGGCCAACGCUGACAUCGUGACGCUGCUCCGUCUGGCGCGCAUGGCGGAAGAGAUGCGAGAGGCCGAGGCUGCCCCGGGUCCCCCGGGUGCCCUGGCGGGCAGCAGCCCCACGGAGCUCCAGUUCCGCAGGUGCAUCCAGGAGUUCAUCAGCCUCCACCUGGAGGAGAGCUAGGGCCGGGCAGGCCGGGCAGCUGCUACCCCGCCCGGCCCGACGCCCCGCAUGCCCCGAAAUCCCCGGCGCCCCACCCGGCCGCGGCCCUGCCUGUGAGCCGGGUCGAUGCCUGGCAGCCCCAGUGCCGGGGCGCCCCGGCCCCGCUCGCCCAGGAGGAGAGCGAGGGCCCCGCACUGAGUCUCUUGAAGCCUCACAUUUCCCUGGGGGGUGCUGCGUCAUCGGGUGCCCCUCACCCCACCCGGGGAACCUCUAUCUUCAGGUCACCCCUUUUAAGGGUCCUGGGUUGCUCAUGUCACAAGCCACUCUCAAGGCCCGUGUCACUCUGUCCUCAGGGCCUGUGUCACUUCGUGCCCCACUUCUGCCCAGAACACUGACCUAGCUGGGUCCCUCCUGCACACCCCAGACCCCCUCCCAGGGCAGAAAGGGUGGCCCAUACAGGGAACCAACGAGUACCUCACUUAGUGACCCCAGCAUCCAGGCUGGCGUCACAGGUGCUGGGCGGGAGGGGCUCUGGCCUGGGUCCUCAGCCCUGGCUGGACGCGGGCGUCCCAAGGCCACGUGGCUGGCCAUAAAGGUCCCCGUGCCAGACAGCCCCAGCCGCGUCCCAGCCUCCUCUGGAGGCACCUUCUCCCGGUACUCGGCCCAGAGCCUGUGCAUAAAGCCACUUUGCCACUUUACAGCCCGCAUCUCACGUUCUUUGUAGCAGACCGAGGAGGUUUGCUACAGGCCUCGUCUGACUUUGUCUUGCGUCUUUUCUCUGUGGACUCUUGAGGAUGCCUGAGCCCCAGCCCUGCCCCUGGCCAGCUUCACCCUUGGGUCCAGGGGUCCCUUGGUUCAUGUUGCAGGGCCUGCCAAUGCCUUCACGCACCCCUUCCCCAAAGGCGCCCUGCAGAGAGGCGGGGCCUCCCCAGCUCGGCCCCAGGUCAGGCUAAGGCCAGUCACUAUGCAAUGCUGCCCCCGGGAGGCUCCAUGAGGGCACAGUGGGCGCUGGACCCGGCCCCUCAACACUCUUGCCUGCUGCCUGUGACCCUGAAGAACAGAAUUAAUUCUUGCUCCUCUCCCUGUGUGACCUUGGCCCCACAACCUGCCCCAGGCCCCUGCUGGCGGUCUUACCCCCACCCCUCGCUUUGAAUAAACCGCUUGCGCCCAUC